GUGUGAAAGGGAAUAUAUAUAUAUAGAUAGAUAUAUAUAUAGAGAGAGAGAUAGAGAGAGAGAGAUAAGAGUAAAGUAGCAUAUAUAUGAAAGCACAGUCUUUCUUCUUUUUCAGAUUUACUGAAAGAAACACAGAUCCAGAUCCGAACCGCUAGUUUCGACUCAAGAUCCCGAAGCUCCAACCUUUCUCCGCAACUCAUUUCAGGCAAAUCACAACUAUAACAAUGUCAAGGAGGCCAACAGGUUUAUCUCGACGAUUGGGUGAUGGAGCUAGCAUUCCAUUUAUGGGAUCGUUGCACCCAAAAUCACGUCCAUCACCUUUCUUAUCCAUUGGGCUCGUACUAGUGGGAGCUUUUCUGAUAAUUGGAUAUCUUUAUAGUGGUUCAGGAGGAAACGGUUUUGAUAAAGCUGCUUUAAGUAGGCUUGAAGCCGGUGCUUCAUGCUCAUCGGAAAUUUAUCAAGCAUUACCAUAUCUGAAGAAAGCAUAUGGAGAUAGCAUGCACAAGGUGCUUCAUGUAGGUCCUGACACCUGUGCAGUGGUCUCCCAGUUAUUAAAAGAAGAGGAUACUGAAGCAUGGGGUGUGGAGCCAUAUGAUUUGGAUGACAGUGAUGCCAACUGCAGAAGCCUUAUACGAAAAGGCAUUGUUCGUGUAGCUGAUAUCAAGUUUCCUCUUCCUUAUAGGUCGAAAUCUUUUUCCCUUGUCAUAGUGUCGGAUGCGCUGGAUUACUUGUCCCCAAAGUAUCUCAACAAGACACUUCCAGAAUUAGCAAGAGUAUCUUCAGAUGGGUUUAUUAUUCUCUCCGGUUAUCCGGGGCAGCGGACAUUUAAAGUUGCAGAGAUGUCCAAGUUUGGUCGCCCUGCCAAACUGCGUAGCUCUACUUGGUGGAUUCGGUUUUUUGUUCAAAACAGGAUCGAAGAGAAUGAAGUUGCAAUCAAGAAGUUCGAAGUAGCUGCAGCCAAAAAGGCGUACCAGUCAACCUGCCAGAUUUUCCACCUCAAAUCAUUCCUGUGAAAAAUGGCCAUUUUAAUUCUUCUGGAGUUUAGUUAUAAAGCUCACACAAGUUACAACAUAUCCUCCUUAUAUAAAAAGAAGAAAAUUCGAUAUUUAUUGGAAAUUUUGCACACUCAAAGGUGAAAGAUGAUGCAGAUUGUUGUAACCUUAUGUCAUUUUCGUACGUUUUUAACAGUUACUAUCAAAAAGCCUCCUCAUCCUUUUGG